UUUUGGAUGUCAACAUUGAAAAUUUUUGUUUGUUUUGUGUAUUUAUUGGCAAUAUUUCCUUUUUCUAAAAAAAAUUUGUCAAAACAAAAUGGCUAAUGUUAAUGAAGCAAAUGAAUGUUAUUCAAAAGCUGAAAAAGCUCUCAAAACUGGUCUAAUGAAAUGGAGACCAGAUUAUGAAAUAGCUGCGAAUGAAUACAGCAAAGCUGCAAAAAUAUUUCGUCAGGCAAGAAUGCCCGAAAAAGCAAUCGAAGCAAAUUUAAAAGCAGCCAAUUGUUAUGAACAAUCACGAUCAUAUUUUUCGGCUGCUAAAUGUUAUGAACAAGCCGGUUCAAUUUCCAAAGAUAUGAAAGAUUGGGAUAAAAUGAUUGGUUAUUAUGAAAAAUGUUGCCUGUAUUAUCGUGAACAUGGUGUACCUGAUACAGCUGCAUUAACUUUUAAUAAAGUUGCUGGUGUUCUUGAAACAAUAAAACCCGAAAAAUCAGCCGAUUGGUAUUCACGUUGUUAUGAUAUUACAUUGAAUGAAGAUCGUUAUCUUCAAUCGGCUGAAUAUGCUAAUAAAGCUGUACGAAUGUAUUUAAAAUUGAAAAAUUAUGAUGAUGCUAUACGAAUGUCGGAAAAAGCAUUCGAAGCUUAUGUAACUGGUGGUGAAGAACGUUCAGCUGGACGACAAUCAGUUGUUACUGUUAUUAUACAAUUGGCACGUGAUGAUAGUGUUGCUGCACAAAAAGCAUAUUUAGCUAAUAGAAAAUAUAUUCAUCAAGAUGAAUGUUAUACAUUGGAUCAAUUAUUUCAAGGAUUAGAUCAAUUUGAUAAUACAAUUAUUUAUCAGUCAUUAAAAUCACCAUUCCUAAGCAGUAUGGAUAAUGAAAUUGUUAAAAUUGUAAGAGAUUUAUUGAUAAAAUAUCAACCAAAAAAGGUGGAUAAUAAUAAUUUUUCCAAUGUAAAUGAUGGUGAUGAUAAUUAUGAAGAUGAUGAAGCUGGUGCCGUAUUAUAAAAUCAAAGAACAACCGAUAUUUUCCCAAUACACAUCAUUGAUCACCAAUCAAUCAAUCGAUCGAUCCAUUCCGAUUUCCAUCAUUGAUUCCAAUUGCUUCAUUAAUUUUAUCAUUGUAGAUAGACAAAAACAGAAACAGAAAAUUACAAAUUAAGA